UAGACCAAAAAAGAUCCGCUAAAGGUCAAGAGUCAAAAUUAUAAUAAUCAGAGAUCUGGUCCGACUAAACCAGACGGACCAAUUCCAACCGCCUCCCUCUCGCCGGAGGAAAUGGAGGAAGACAAAGAAGCUACGACGAGUUCUCUUAGUCAAGGCCUCACUCCUCACCAAGACCCGGAAGAUGCUCCCAAGUCUCCUCCCCACUCUCCUAAUUCUUCUACUCGCAAGGCUUGCUAUGGGGUUCUACAGAGUUGGGUGUCCAAGAAGUUUAUGACUGGAUUUGUCGUCCUCUUUCCUGUUGCUGUUACAUUCCUCAUCACUUGGUGGUUUAUCCAAUUCGUUGAUGGUUUCUUCAGUCCGAUUUACGAGAACCUUGGUGUUGACAUUUUUGGACUUGGGUUCAUUACAUCUGUACUAUUCACUUUCUUUGUUGGAAUAUUUGCUUCUUCAUGGCUGGGUUCUACGGUUUUCUGGCUCGGGGAGCAGUUUAUAAGGCGAAUGCCCUUUGUGAAGCACAUAUAUUCAGCUUCUAAACAAAUUAGUACUGCGAUUUCUCCGGACCAGAAUACUACUGCCUUUAAAGAGGUAGCAAUCAUCCGUCAUCCUCGUAUUGGUGAAUACGCAUUUGGAUUUAUCACAUCUUCGGUGACACUUCAGACGGACCACGGAGAAGAGGAGUUAUGUAGUGUGUAUGUGCCAACGAAUCAUCUGUAUAUAGGAGACGUAUUUCUGGUGAGUAGCGAAGAAAUCAUAAGGCCAAACUUAUCAAUCCGAGAAGGAAUAGUGCUGUUUUGAUGGAACAGAGAUCAUAGUAUCUGUGGGGAUGACGAUGCCGCAAGUGAUAUCUCAUGUAGACAGGACAACGAGUAGAACUCCUCACCAACACAGUCUUAGGAUUCCCCUCAACAGACUUUAGGUAAUAGCCGCGUAUGGCCUCUCUACUUUGUAAAGAUAUACUUUACGUGUUGUGCUCAUUCUGGAAUUAUUAUAAAUUUCAAAUCAAUAUUACAUAUCUUACAACAAACAUGUAUGGAUUUACCAUUCAAAUUCCAUCCCAUAUAUCCUA